CUCGUAACUAGGCAGCAGCGCAUAUCUGGCAACCCACUGUAGCGGCGGAGAGCAGCGGAUUGCAUUCUGCCAGUGUAAUAUCAACAUUGGAAAGGACGCAGUCAAAAUACAUGUCAUUUCCAUCACGCAGUCCACUGGGUGCACCAGAUGUGCAUGGUUAACAACAUCUCUGAAACACUAAUCUGGAUGGAUUAUCUUUGGAGGAUUAAAAUGAGAUGGCAGUGAAUGUAUACGCCACAUCAGUAACGAUUGAGAACCUGAGCCGACAUGACAUGCUGGCGUGGGUGAACGACUCCCUUCAGCUCACCUACACCAAGAUUGAACAAUUAUGUUCAGGGGCGGCUUAUUGUCAGUUCAUGGACAUGCUGUUCCCAGGGUGUAUUCUUUUAAAGAAAGUGAAAUUUCAAGCAAAGCUGGAGACGGAGUUUAUACACAACUUCAAAGUCCUCCAGGCAGCUUUCAAGAGGAUGAACGUUGAUAAAAUAAUUCCUGUGGAAAAAUUAGUGAAAGGAAAAUUCCAGGACAACUUUGAAUUCAUCCAGUGGUUUAAAAAAUUCUUUGAUGCCAAUUAUGACGGAAAAGAGUAUGAUCCCAUUCAAGCUAGGCAGGGCCAAGAUGUGGCGCCUCCACCAAAUCCAGGGCCUCAGAGAACAUCGCCAACAGUACCUAAAAACAUGCCCACACCACAGAGGGUGACCACCACCAUAAGGAAGAACCCCACACAUACCCGAAAUGGGGGAAGUGAUGCUGAAAUCAUGGAGCUUAAUCAACAGUUGAUGGAGCUGAAGUUAACUGUAGAUGGUCUGGAGAAGGAGAGAGAUUUCUACUUCAGCAAACUUCGAGACAUUGAGCUGAUCUGCCAAGAACAAGAAGAUGAAACCAACCCCAUUAUCAGUAGGAUAAUUGACAUUCUGUAUGCCACAGAGGAUGGCUUUGCCCCACCAGAAGAUGAUGAAAUAGACGAGCAGGCCCACUUGGACGAAUUCUGAGCAUCAUCGUGACCCUUCACCAUUUCCCCUCCCCACCACUUUGAAUGGCUCCCAUCUAUUGCACGCUGUUAAUAUCCUCUCAGUUUCCUACAAAUCUGUGGGCUCACCAUAUAUACUCGAAAUCUUUGUCCUCUGACGCCGGUUUAUGCACUACAUACGUAUCAACAAACACUCACCGUCCUCACCCCCAUCCAGACAGUAGCACCAACCACGACACAUCCUAGCCGUCACAGCAUGUUUUACAGAUCGACAUUGAGAAUGAACAACAGAAAAAGGUAU